AUGCAGCGGGCGGGCAGGCACGGCCAGCGGCCCCCCGAGGGCGGCCCCAUGGAGAACGGUGUGGGGCAGGAGCCGGGGACCCCCGAGCCGCCCGGCCCCGCAGCUCCCCGGGCUCCCCGCAGCCGCCCCAGGCUGGUGUUCCACACGCAGCUGGCCCACGGCAGCCCCACAGGGCGCAUCGAGGGCUUCACCAACGUCAAGGAGCUCUACGCCAAAAUCGCCGAGGUCUUCGACAUUUCGCCCACCGAGAUCCUCUUCUGCACGCUCAACACGCACAAAGUGGACAUGCAGAAGCUGCUGGGGGGACAGAUUGGCCUGGAGGAUUUCAUCUUCGCCCACGUCCGGGGCGAGACCAAGGAAGUGGAGGUGACCAAGACAGAGGACGCGCUUGGCCUCACCAUCACAGACAACGGGGCCGGCUACGCCUUCAUCAAGAGGAUCAAGGAGGGGAGCAUCAUCAACCGGCUGCAGACAGUGUGUGUGGGGGACAGCAUCGAGGCCAUCAACGACCACACCAUCGUGGGCUGCCGGCACUACGAGGUGGCCCGGAUGCUGCGGGAGCUGCCGCGGGCUCAGCCCUUCACCCUGCGCCUGGUCCAGCCCAAAAAGGCCUUCGCCUCGACGAUGGUGGAGGCGGCCAAGGGCAGCCCCAGCGUAGCCCAGCUUGCCCAAGGGCUGGACUCGGUGCUGGGAGAGUUUGCCUUCCCCCAGGAGUUUGUGGCCGAGGUGUGGGCAGCCGUCUGCCACGCUAAGGGGAAUAAGGAGUAGCUGGGGGGCAGGUGUUGCCCCUCGCUUUUGUCCCCUCCCCAUGUCCCCACCUCAUCCCCACCCCAUAUGGGGCUGAGGUGCUGGUGGGGGUUCCCAUCCUGCCCCCCACACCCUCCUGGAGAAGCACCAAGAUCUGUCCCUUGGGUUGGGGGGCAGAAGGCACCCAACCCACGCUCCUUCCUGAGGAUCCCCCUUGCACACCCCCCCCAAAUGUGGUGGGCAGUGGCUGUGGCUCAUUAAAGGAGAGAUUGAAGGAGAA